AGGGCAGAAAGAUGAAAGAUACUUGCUACAAUUCCAUAAUCCUAGUAAUAGUUAAGGCUGCUCUUUAUUCUCAGGUCUAUGGAAGUUUAUUUUUUAAGUGUGCUGAGUAAUUUUUUUCACUGUCCGAAAUCAGAACAGACCGGUCCCACGAACGACACCUUGUUUUGCACCCAUUUUUAGAAAAGCUCCGGUUCUUUUGCGGUCAGUCUGAGGUUGGAUCCUGCGCCAGUCCGGUUCCCAAACCUGUCAUACUGGCGGUGAAUAGGUUCACUGUUCACGACCGGCUCGACCAGUAGACCGAGCCCGGGCUGCAAUUCGGCGGGGGACUAGAGGUGGCAAACCGGUAAAACAAGCAAAGACAGUGGGAGACAAGAAAAGGAGUGGAGCUGAUUCGAGCCGAGUCGCCGCUCCGUGCUGGUCCAGCGCCGCAGCCCGCCACGCGUCUCCGGUGCCCCGAGUCCAUCCAUCCAGCCGCGCCAUGUGCGAGCUCCUGCCAGCCGCCGCGCUGCUCGUCGCGAUCUAUGCGCUUUACGCUCUAAUCACCGAGACCUUCUUUCGGAGGUCUGUGUGCGUAAGCGGUGCGGCCAUGACCGGCAGGACGGUCAUCAUCACAGGGGGAAACACCGGCAUCGGGAAAACCACAGCCAAGGAGCUGGCGAGGAGGGGGUCCAGAGUAAUCCUGGCCUGUCGUAGCCAGGAGAGGGCGGAGGCUGCGAUCCGAGACAUCGAGCGGGAAACGGGCAGCACCCAGGUAGUGUACCUACAGCUGGACCUGGGGAGCCUGCAGUCUGUUCGAUCCUUCGCGAACACCUUCUUGAAGACGGAGCCCAGGCUCGACCUGCUGAUUAACAACGCUGGUGAGUCCCGCACCCCCCUCCUCCGCCCCCACCUUCUCGGUGUCCUCCCCAUCAGCUUCACGCACUGGUGUUCCCCACGCGGCUCAGGUCUGGUGGCGGACGGGCGCACGAAGGACGGCUUCGGGGUCGAGUUCGGGGUCAACCACCUGGGACACUUCCUGCUCACCUGCCUGCUUCUGGAGAGGUUGAAGGAGGGGGCGGGGGGCCGUGUGAUCACGCUGUCCUCCGUCGCCCACCGCUGGGGCCGCGUCGACUUCGACGAGCUCCUGGCCACCAAGGACUUGGGCUCCGGCCGCUACAGCUGGCAGUUCUUCCAGGCGUACUGCAACAGCAAGCUGUGCAACGUGCUGUUCACGCGCGAGCUGGCCAGGAGGCUGCGCGGGACCACCGUUUCCUGCUACAGCGUUCACCCCGGCAUCGUGAGGACGGAGCUGUCUCGCCACGUCAGCCUGUGGCAGAAGGUGUUCAUCGAGCCUGUGUCCCGCCUCUUCUUUCUGGACCCGGAGGAGGGGGCCCAGACCACGCUGCACUGCGCACUGCAGGAGGGCCUCGAACCCCUCAGCGGACAGUACUUCACUUGCUGCCUGCCUCAGGAGCUGGGCGCCCACGCCAGGGACGACGCAGUGGCCAGGAAACUGUGGGAGGUCAGCGAGAGGCUGAGUGGCCUGUCCUGAGGGCCACGCCCCCCUGCCACUGCCACGCCCCCCCCCAGCACCUGGAUGGCAGUAGAGGACCAUGCACACACAAGUGUGGAUUUUUUUUUUCUGGUUGUUUAAGUGGUGGCUCCUUUGCUUGGGGUCUCCGUUUCAGAUUGGCCUGAUCUCCGGACACGGUGAUGACAGUGUUUGCUGCUGCUCUUUACCUGCUGAGGCCUGUGUUCAGGGAAGCCUCCCAGAUUCUCCGACGGCUUCAUAUCUCCUGAAUAAGACACAGACCUGUGAAAUCGGUAUAUGUAAAUCUCACAAACCUGAAUUCUGCUUCACGGCAAUAAACAAGUGCAAACCA